UGCUGAUAGUUGGGGCGAACACAAUUGCCCCAAAACAGAAAAUGGCCGGUCAAGAAGAUCCUGUGCAGAAGGAGAUCCACCAAGACUGGGCAAAUCGAGAAUACAUUGAGGUUAUCACGAGCAGCAUAAAGAAAAUAGCAGAUUUCCUCAAUUCCUUUGAUAUGUCCUGCCGGUCUCGUUUGGCCACCCUAAAUGAAAAGCUGACAGCGUUAGAGAGGAGAAUUGAGUACAUUGAAGCAAGGGUCACAAAAGGAGAGACCUUGACCUAAACCAAGAUAUUAUGCUGGACUGGGUGCUGCAGUUUGGCUGAGGAUAGAAUACUACAUUUGUGACCAAUUCCAUAUUUGCCCUUUUUUAAAUUUAUUUUUAUUUUUAACUACGCAUUUUAUUUUUUAAAACAAUUUAUUUGUUCUGUGGGACCAAAAAAAAAAAACAUUUUCAUACUGUGUGUAUUUUACGACCAUAGCUACUGGAUGGUGAUGGUAAUACCACAGCAUCUCCCACAGUGUUAUAUUCGAGACUCAGUUAAUGCUAUCUUGUAUUUAUGUUAUCAUGGACCAACAUAACUUGUUCAUUUGAUUUGCACAAAUACAUGAACUUCAUAAUAGGAUAAUGUUUUGUUUUAGACAUUUCUUUGUAACCAGGUUAAAUCAAAAGUGACUGUGAAUGAGUGUCCCACCCCUAUGGAGAUUUCACAGCACAUGCAUUGCAGAAAUAUCCUUCCCAUUAGGCUGAACCAGGAUGAUUUGAACCACAGGAAGAGGAAGUGCCAAAAUGAAUAGUCAGCUCUUUUACUGUGGUCAUUAUGCUUAUCCAUAUAUUUCACUGCUUGUAAUAAUUAUUUUACUUUAGUGUUACAUUUAAUAACCUGUUUUAAAAGUAAGUUAUCCAUGUGUUUUUUUUGGAGAAGGGCUUGGAAGGUGUUUGGUUCAAGGGAAGCAUGCAUAAAUCCCAGGUUAAAGGUGUUCCUGGAAUAUAAUAUAGGCUGGGUGUGGUGUCAAGACCAGCUUGUAUUUGCUCAGAGUGAGUCCAUACAUACACUUGCCACUAUAGCCUCUGGUCGCUGCCCUCAGCCAUAAACUAGUGUUCUGCUUUCCAUGCUAAAGGAACAGAUCAACAAACCUCUCCUCUAAUGGUCAAAAUGUGGUAACUUUUUACUGAGCGCUACAUUACAUGAUGUAAAUACAAACAUGAAUUGUGUUAGAGCAUUUAGAGGUCUGUGUAUGGAGGUUCUGAGUACUGUUGUUUUUCUGUUCUACUUGAUAAUUAUUGCACCUACCUGGUGUCUCAGCUCUACCAGUCUGUGAUGGGAAGAAUGGAAGUAUAUAUUUUUUUCUUCUCUUCAUAUACUAACGGGCCACCAGACUACAGAAAC